UGAGAGGAGAUUGUGAUAAAAAGCCACUGUCUUGGAUUGUUUCUGGGCCGAUAUCUCAAUUUUAUCUCACUUAUCUUGGCUUUGAACUGAGAUUGCAUGGUUCAUUUAUCCCACAGACUUCAACAUGACUCAAGUCGAUACAGUUCCUGGCGCAGACAUCAAGCCAUGGCUUCGUCAUCCUCCCAAGAAGCAUCUCUUCAUCCACGCCAACAUCAUCGAUGUCUCGACAGGUAAAAUUUUCGAAGAUGCAUCGCUAUCCACGAAAGACGGCAAAAUCGAGACCGUCUACCCCUCAACACCAAGCCAAUAUCCCGAUGGCUACAACGUCGUGGACUGCAAGGGCCGAUACCUAUGCCCAGGUCUAUUCGAUGCGCACGUUCAUCUCUGCGCGACACCGGGCUUCACAGACUUAUCCCGUGUCUUUGGAAACCCCAAUGACAUUUCGCUGUUGCGGCAGCCAUAUGUCGCUUCGCAAAUGCUCUACCGCGGCUUCACAUCAGUUCGUGACUGCGGUGGCGCUCAGCUUCCACUGAAGGAGGCCAUUGAAGAGGGCGUUUUCCCCGGCCCCCGUCUGUUCAUCUCAGGUCACGCGCUUUCGCAAACAGGUGGCCAUGGCGACUUGAGAAGUUCUUACGAGAAGCAUGAAUGCUGUGGCGGACACGCUAUUGGGUCUUUGGGCCGUAUCUGCAAUGGUGUGCCCGAGUGCAUGGCCGCUGUUCGCGAUGAGAUUCGCUGUGGAGCGGACUUUAUCAAGAUAAUGGGAUCUGGUGGCGUUGCAUCACCGACCGACAAGCUGGAACAGCUGCAAUUCACCACGUCAGAGAUUCAAGCGAUGGUGGAGUGUGCGAACAAUGCUGGGACCUUCGUCACGGCGCAUGCAUACACAACUAAGGCUAUCAGGCAUUGCAUCGACAAUGGAGUCAAGGGAAUUGAGCAUGGUAACUUCGUUGAUGCCCCAACGGCUCGUCUCAUGGCAGAGAAGGGUGUCUAUCUCACCCCGACACUUAUCACUUAUGCCCAGAUGGCCACGGACAAGUGGAAGAACUUCUUACCACCAGAGUCACAAGUCAAGAACGCCCAAGUGUUAAAGUCCGGCCUCGAAGCUCUCCGCAUUGCCUCGGAAGCUGGCGUGACCAUGUGCUAUGGCAGCGAUCUCCUCGGCCCCCUCGGCUCUGCGCAGACACAGGAGUUUUCUCUCCGCUCUCAAGCACUCAAGCCUCUUGAGAUAUUGCGAAGUGCAACAGUGAAUCCUGCUAAGAUGAUGGGUUGUGAGACUACUCUGGGUCAGCUGAAGGAGGGUUUCCAGGCGGAUGUUCUCAUCAUGGACAAGAACCCAUUGGAGCAAAUCGAGAUCUUCGAUCAUCCAGAGAAGUACAUCUUAGCGGUCAUGAAGGACGGUCUGGUGUAUCGCAGUCAGUUGGAGUCUUUGGCGGUUGACGGUGGAAUUCCGAUUCGAUUCAACUCAGUGCUGUAGUAUCUGAUAAAUGUCGGGAGCAAUACACAUGGAACAACAAAGAUUUUGAGUAUCAAGUUGGGAAAAGCAUAAAUACAAGUGUCGUUUUUCUGCCUCAAGGACUAUACUUUGAACGUUGUAUAUUAAUAAUUAGUUCAUGACCGUAAUUCUUCCCGAUUAUGUUCUUUCUUGU